UGGAAUUUCAAGGCGAUAUUCGAAGGAAUUGGAAAAUUACGUAAAAGACAAUGCUGAAAAAUUUAGAAUAAGGAAGAAUGGGAGCUUUGAAUCUAAUGUCAAAGGAAGGCUUGUAAAGAAUAGUCAUUUCACUGAAGUACUCGAGUAUGUGCAAGGGGAAAUAUCAUCACCUCCAAAGGGUUUUAGUUUUUUAUUUAAUCGACUAUCCAAGGACCCAUUAGUAAAAGAGAUGAUUAAGGAGACUAAAGGAGAAAGUAGUACAGAAGAAAGCUUGACGGAAGAUAAUCAAUCAGGCAGUGGCACUAGAAAAAAAAGAGUUCUAGUAAAAGUCGCCCCUAUAAAUUCACCAGGUUUAAUACGUCGGAAAAAUAAAUUUAUGCCAAAAAUAUGGGAAAAGCUCUAG